AUGGCUGAGACGGCCCCAGAGGACAGAGGGCUGCGGACCAGGGCUGCUCCCCAGGAUGCCUCGGGCCUCCAGGACAGCUUGUUCUCCUCUGAAAGUGACAACAGCCUGUACUUCACCUACAGUGGCCCGUCCAACACCUUGGAGGUCCAGGGCCUCAGCUACCAGGUGGACAUGGCCUCCCAGGUGCCUUGGUUUGAGCAGCUGGCUCAGUUUAAGAUGCCUUGGGCCUCUCAUAAGGACUCCUGUGAGCUGGGCAUCCAGAACCUGAGCUUCAAAGUGAGGAGCGGGCAGAUGCUGGCCAUCAUAGGGAGCUCAGGUUGUGGGAGAGCCUCUUUGCUGGACGUGAUCACCGGGCGAGGCCACGGUGGCAAAAUUAAGUCGGGUCAGAUCUGGAUCAACGGGCAGCCCAGCACGCCCCAGCUGGUGCGGAAGUCGGUGGCCCACGUGCGCCAGCACGACCAGCUGCUCCCCAACCUGACUGUCCGCGAGACCUUGGCUUUCGUGGCCCAGCUGCGCCUGCCCAGAACCUUCUCCCAGGCCCAACGUGACAAAAGGGUGGACGACGUGAUCGCGGAGCUGCGGCUGCGGCAGUGCGCCCACACGCGCGUGGGCAACACCUACGUGCGGGGGGUGUCAGGGGGCGAGCGGCGGAGAGUCAGCAUCGGGGUGCAGCUCCUGUGGAACCCAGGAAUCCUCAUUCUGGACGAGCCCACCUCGGGGCUCGACAGCUUCACGGCCCACAACCUGGUGAAGACGCUGUCCCGGCUGGCCAAGGGCAACCGGCUGGUGCUCAUCUCCCUGCACCAGCCUCGCUCCGACAUCUUCCGGCUGUUUGACCUGGUCCUCCUGAUGGCGUCCGGCAUCACCGUCUACCUGGGGGCGGCCCAGCACAUGGUCCCCUACUUCACCGCCCUCGGCCACCCCUGUCCUCGCUACAGCAACCCUGCCGACUUCUACGUGGACCUGACCAGCAUAGACAGGCAGAGCCGGGAGCAGGAAGUGGCCACCAGGGAGAAGGCGCAGUCCCUCGCAGCCUUGUUCCAGCAAAAAGUGUGUGGCUUCGAUGACUUCCUAUGGAGAGCGGAGGCCAGGGAGCCGGGCGCGGACUCCUGCUCCAAGAGCCUGGUCCUCCCGAGUGACCCCAACCACCUCUCGACGCCCACCCGGCUGCCCGGCCCCGCCCAGCAGUUCGCCACGCUGAUCCGGCGUCAGAUUGCCAACGACUUUCGAGACCUGCCCACCCUCCUCAUCCAUGGGGCGGAGGCCUGCCUCAUGUCCCUGGUCAUCGGGUUCCUCUACUACGGCCAUGGCGCCAUCCCUCUCUCCUUCAUGGACACGGCGGCCCUCUUGUUCAUGAUCGGGGCGCUCAUCCCCUUCAACGUGGUCCUGGAUGUCAUCGCCAAGUGUCACUCGGAGAGGGCGAUGCUUUACUAUGAGCUGGAAGACGGGCUGUACACUGCUGGCCCCUAUUUCUUUGCCAAGAUCCUCGGGGAGCUCCCGGAGCACUGCGCCUACAUCCUCAUCUACGGGAUGCCCACCUACUGGCUGGCCAACCUGCGCCCGGCCCCCGAGCCCUUCCUGCUGCACUUCCUGCUGGUGUGGCUGGUGGUGUUCUGCUGCAGGCUCAUGGCCCUGUGCGCCGCCGCCCUGCUGCCCACCUUCCACAUGUCCUCCUUCCUCGGCAAUGCGCUCUACAACUCCUUCUACCUCACCGGCGGCUUCAUGAUCAGCCUGAGCAACCUGUGGACAGUGCCUACCUGGAUCUCCAACGUGUCCUUCCUCCGAUGGUGCUUUGAAGGGCUGAUGCUGAUCCAUUUUAAAGGGCAAACUUACCAUUUGGUGGUCGGCAACCUCACCCUCCCAGUCCCGGGAGACAAAAUCCUCAGCUCCAUGCACCUGGACUCGUACCCACUCUACGCCAUCUACCUCAUCCUCAUCGGCAUCAGCGGUGGCUUCGUGACCCUGUACUAUGUGUCCUUAAAGUUCAUCAAACAGAAAUCAAGUCAAGAUUGGUGA